AUGGCUUUAACAUUUUACCUCCCGUCACCUCCCGAUGAGAUCGACAAUGUCCUCCAUGACAUCUGGCAAGAAGGUGGCAUUAAGCAAAUGAUCUACGUUAAACGGCUAAGUCAACGGGGGAAUAACUACAUCCGAGGUCUCCUCAUCUCAGAUUCUGAGGUAGAACUGCCACCUCUGUUCGAAUCUCGCUAUUUAUCGGAUGAUCUAGUCGAGGAAAAGUAUGACAAUCUUAAACAAGAAAUCCUAGAACAGGAAAAUGGUGUAGAAUAUUUUUAA